GAAACGGCGCUCCGGGAGAGCUGCGGCUGUCUGUCGCAUCCUGUGAUAACACACCCGGGCAGAGGGCACGUCUUUGUCUGGGAGCACGUCCAGCAGGACCGCAGCGCGCCGAGCACCGGAGCUCCGUGGCUUUUAUCUGAUCUCCGGGAUUACAGUGUUUGACGUUGAGGCAGCACCAUCCGGUCACAGUGUUGACAUCGGAACCUUGACCACGGUGGAAGUUAUCUGGAAGACUUGUGGGGACGCGCUGCAGAGCGCGUAACAGGGCUUUCUGUAUUUGUGUUGCUGUGGACGGAUGGGUCCGGUUGGAAAUGCGUUUACGGUGUUUUUAAGGUCGGAACUGUUUCCAUCAAAGUUUCAUCUCUUUGUCCUGCCCCGCAGCUCUCCGCACAGCGCUCGGCAUGUUCUGAUAGCGCGUAAUUACUGUUUUCCCGAGCCUUUUCCACUGGCGUCACAGGUAGGUUACUUUAGCCCACAUCCACAGCACCGCUGAUGACAACACAUCACCUCACAGCGUAAAGGUGACAGUUGGUUUUCGGAUUCGGGGCUGCAGCCUCUCACAAACACACUCUGCGUCCACCAUGGAUGAUGUUGAAGGGAUAAAUCUAUGCACCUGGACCAAGACGUCCAGAAGGAGCGCCCGGGACGUCUUGAAAACAUACCUGGGAGUAUUCGUGUUGCUUCAUCUGGUGCUUCACACGGAAGCCUCCUCCGUGUCCAAAUCCUGCGAUAAAAACUGUUUUUCAGGGAAGUGCAUGAACGGGAGCUGCGUGUGUGACCACGGAUGGGUCGGGGAUCAGUGCCAGCACUGCCAGGGAAGAUUCAAGUUAACAGACCUGUCAGGCUCUCUCACAGAUGGACCAGUAAACUAUAAAUACAAGACCAAAUGCACCUGGCUAAUAGAAGGAUAUCCUAAUGCAGUACUCAGGCUGCGCUUCAAUCACUUUGCCACGGAGUGCAGCUGGGACCACAUGUACGUCUAUGAUGGAGACUCCAUUUACGCCCCUUUGAUUGCCGUCUUCAGUGGUCUGGUGGUACCAGAGACCAGGAGUAAUGAGACAGUUCCUGAGGUUGUGACGACGUCUGGCUACGCUCUGCUUCACUUCUUCAGUGAUGCUGCCUACAACCUGACGGGCUUCAGCAUCUCCUACUCGAUAAACUCUUGUCCAAACAACUGUUCGGGCCACGGCAGAUGCAGCACGGCCAACUCCGUCUCUGGGCGUGUGUACUGCGAGUGCGAGGAGUACUGGAAAGGAGAAGCCUGCGACAUCCCGUACUGCAGGGAUAACUGUGGCAGCCCGGGUCGAGGCUACUGCGACCUGACCGGAGAGAAGCUCUGCGUCUGCAACGACAGCUGGCAAGGUCCAGACUGCUCCCUGUCCGUCCCCUCCACCGAGGCCUUCUGGGUGCUGCCGAGCGUCAAGCCGUCAGCUCAGUCUCUGGGCCGGGCGUCCCACCAGGCUCUGGUGCACUCUGGGCUCAUGUGGGUGGUGGGAGGAUACUCCUUCAACUACUCCAACUACCACAUGGUCCUCAACUACAACCUCGAGAGCAGCACGUGGGAUGUGGUGCCUGUCAGCAGCGGCCCUCUCUACAGAUACGGACACUCAUUGGCUCUGUACCAGGAUGACAUUUUCAUGUUUGGUGGGAAACUCGAGGCGAAAGCAGGCAACGUGACGGACGAGAUGUGGGUGUUCAACAUCCCCCGGCGCACCUGGUCGCCACGGAAACCCACCCCGCCUCCCCCGUACGCCCUGGAGGGCCACACCGCCCACGUGGUGGAGCUGGCGGAUGGCGAGCCGGUGAUGCUGAUCUUCUUCGGCUACUCGCCAAUCUACAGCUACAUCAACAAAGUUCAGGAGUACAACAUCAGGUUGAACUCGUGGCAGGUUGUGUCUGCAGAAGGCGCCGUGGUUCAGGGAGGUUACGGACACAGCAGCGUGUACGACGAGGUCAGCGGCUGCGUGUUCGUCCACGGCGGAUACAAGGCACUUAACAACAACAAAUACGGCCUGGUGGACCACAUGUACCGAUACCACGUCCACACCAGAACAUGGCUGAUCCUCGGGGAGAGUGGUGUGGCGCGGUACCUCCACUCUGCGGUGCUCCUGAGCGGCACCGUGCUCGUCUUCGGAGGAAACACUCACAACGACACGUCACUGAGCAACGGAGCCAAGUGUUUCUCUGCUGACUUCCUGGCGUACGAUAUUGCCUGUGAUGAGUGGACUGUCCUCCCCAGACCAGCGAUGCACCGGGACACCAACCGAUUUGGACAUUCUGCCGUGGUUAGCAACGGCUCCAUGUACAUCUUUGGGGGGUUUUCGGGCCUCCUUCUGAAUGACGUGCUGGCCUACACCCCUCCAUCCUGCCUGGCCUUUUCUGACCCGGCUCUGUGUGCUGCUGCUGGGCCGGGCCUUCGCUGCCACUGGGUCAAAAGUAACUGUGUCCCCUGGGAGCCGAAAGCACCCGAGCACAAUUUCCCUGCUGCUUUUUGCCCUGCACGACCUGACAGCACAGACGAGCAGUGUUUCCGCUUCUCUGACUGUGCGAGCUGCACGGCCAACACGCGGGGCUGCCAGUGGUGUGAGGACAGGAAGUGUAUAUCUGCAUCCAAUAACUGCACCGUGCUGACUCUGGAGCUGGCACAGCAGCAUGGCGGCGCUCUGUCUCUGUCUCGCCCACCAACCAUGUUGUCUGAACAUCAGCUGAGCUUGUGGAAGCAUGGAGCCCGGAGGAGGGGACAUUCGGUGAGAGAGUCAUCCAGCUGUAAGCGCAGGGAGGAGCAGGAGUGUUUCAGACUGGCCAACUGCAAGAGCUGCUCCCUCAACGUCAACUGUCAGUGGGAACCACAGCAGCAGGAGUGUCAGGCGCUGCCCGGCCAGCUGUGUGGGGAGGGCUGGCACCAUGUCGGGGAGGCCUGCCUGAGGAUCAACUCCAGCAGCGAGAGCUAUGAUAAUGCCCAGCACUACUGCAAAAACCUGGGAGGAAAUAUUGCCUCUUUGCUCACAGACAAACAAGUCAAUUUUGUUCUGGAAGAGCUGCAAAAAUACCAGCUGCAAGACAAGGGUUUAUCUCCCUGGGUCGGCCUGAGGAAGAUCAACGUGUCGUACUGGGGCUGGGAGGAUGCGUCGCCCUUCACUAACACCAGCCUGCGAUGGUUACCUGGAGAGCCAAGCGACUCAGGCUUCUGUGCCUACCUGGAGCGGGCGCAGGUGGCCGGUCUGAAAGCCAACCCCUGCACGGCCACCACCGAUGGCCUCAUCUGUGAAAAACCUGCUGGGAGUCCACAGAGUCAGAGUGCCCGUCCCUGCAGGACGCCCUGCUCUCUGCGCACCAGCUGCGCCAACUGCACCAGCCAGGCCAUGGAGUGCAUGUGGUGCAGCAGCACGCAGCGCUGCGUCGACUCAUCAGCGUACGUCAUCUCCUUCCCCUACGGACAGUGUCUGGAGUGGCAGACUCAGGACUGUGCAGCCCAGAACUGUUCCGGUCUGCGGACGUGUGCAGAUUGUUUGGAGAGGACGGAGUGCGGCUGGUGCGGUGAUCCCAGUAACACCGGCAGGGGUGUUUGCAUGGAGGGGUCGUACCGAGGACCCAUGAAGCCCGCUACUGCCAGGGCCGGGCCCCGAGACCAAGACAGACUACGAGACAUGGUGCUGGAUCAGAGUCUCUGUUCGUCUGACAGAGGCUACAACUGGGCCUUCAUCCAGUGUCCUGCGUGUCAGUGUAAUGGUCACAGCAGGUGUGUGAACGGCAGCGUGUGUGAGCACUGUGGGAACCUGACAGCAGGGAUGCACUGCCAGAGCUGCAUGCCCGGUUAUUAUGGCGACCCAACCAACGGAGGGAAGUGCAAUGCAUGCAAGUGUAACAGCCAUGCCAAUGUGUGCCAAGUCAACACAGGGAAGUGCUUCUGUACCACGAAGGGGAUCAAAGGAGACCAGUGUCAGCUAUGUGACUCAGAGAACCGUUACCUUGGCAACCCUCUCCGAGGAACAUGUUAUUACAACCUGCUGAUCGAUUACCAGUUCACCUUCAGUUUGCUUCAGGAAGACGACCGCCACUACACCAGCAUCAACUUCAUGGCCACACCUGAACAGGCCAACAAGAACCUCGACAUGUCCAUCAAUGCCUCCAACAACUUCAACCUCAACAUCACCUGGUCUUUAAGCUCAACAGCUGGCACCAUUUCCGGUGAAGAGAUGCCGAUCAUAGCGAGGACCAACAUCAAGGAGCACCGUGACAGUUUCUCGUGUGAAAAGUUCAACUUCAGACUUCACCACAACAUCACAUUCUACGUCUACGUGUCCAACUUCAGCUGGCCCAUCAAGAUCCAGAUUGCUUUCUCUCAGCACAACAGCAUCAUGGACCUGGUGCAGUUUUUUGUCACCUUCUUCAGCUGUUUCCUGUCUCUGCUGCUGGUGGCUGCUGUGGUUUGGAAAGUCAAACAGACCUGCUGGGCCUCGAGACGGAGAGAGCAGCUGAUGAGAGAGCGACAGCAGAUGGCCAGCCGUCCCUUUGCUUCGGUUGCUGUGGCGCUGGAGGUGGGCGGCGACCAAGAGGAGCUGCUGCAGGCGGUGCCGAAGCCCAUAGCCAUGGAGCCAUGUUGGGGGAGCAGAGCAGGUGUUCUGACGGUGCUGCUGUAUCUGCCCAGAGUCCCAUCUGGAAUCCCUCCACCUGGACAGUCUGGUGUUGCUAUAGCCAGUGCUCUGGUAGACACAUCACAACAGCGAGUGAUGGACUUCAAAGAAAGAGGCCUGGGUCUGAAGCACCGCAAACACAUUGUGCACCAUCAAGGGACCUGUGUAUGAAAUGGAUUCCCUCGGCGAGGUAACGAGAUAGCCAUCGUGGCCCUGGAGGAUUUCACUGGAGCUAUUGUCAGACAAAAGGGACACAUUGUAAACAAAGGCAGAGCCUGGAAAAAAAUGGGUGUGGAGAGUCUUUGAUAGUUGCUUAGAAGGAGAGGAAAUCCACUGUGUCAUCAACAGGCACUCAAAGUGGAAAAAACGACACUCACCUUUCUUUCCUGGAUCAGAUAGAAGCCUUCUUCAUACUCUUCUUGUCCCUUGUGUGUGUGUAUAUCCUGAUGAGCGAGGAAAUGGAGAAUUGAAAAGCUACAGAUUGACAGAGAAAAUGUGUUCCUCCACCACAGCUUUGGUCAGACAGUUAUGAGUGGCUGGCAGGCUUUUCCAAUUCUAUGCCAUGUGGCUCCGCAUCUCCAGGGCUCCACUUGUCUGUCAUGCAGUCUGCCAUAUUGACAGAGGAAAAACACUUGUUUUACACCAUUAAACCAAACUAAAUGGCUUCGAGCUCCUGUGAACAAUAUUGAGCUGAAAUUAACUGAGCUGAAAUGAAGUCCUCCUGAGUUACAAACCCACUCGGACUCAGGAGCAACGCUGGACACAACAACAUGGACCUAACUAGAUCAAUGCAAAGCACUGUAGUGGGUGGUGUUCUGUGACAAUGAUUUGCUUGAGGGGUAUUUUAAAAUUACUACUGUUGAGAUGUUGAAGAAUGAAGAUCAUUGGAUGUAACUGUUGUCCUUUAUGAAAUACAAGUAAUUAUUGUUUUUCCCUGCAUCAACAUUUGAAGUUCUACAUUUUGAGAUCUGCUCAGGUCCUCUGUAAUGGAAAAGGGUCCAUUUAUCUGUAGCUUUGGGCCUUUUAUACAUCUGUAUAUGCACUAUAAGUGAAAUGCUUUAUCAGUACAUUAGGACCCUCUGUGGGAUAAUAUUAUGCAACUGAUCAUCCAAAUGUUUAUUCUGGGCUGCAAUGUAACCUCAAGGUCGGUAUCAUCAAACACAUACUACUGAUUCAUAAUUCAGUUAUUACUGUGAAGAUACACUAUACCUUUUAUAUCUUUUCUCAUGACCUCCAGUAAAUUUCAUGCCUGUUUACAUGUCAUACAAACUUUUAUGUAACAUAUCUCCUUAUGUAAUAUUUAUUAAUUAUGCAAAUUACAGUUAAACAAUAAUUUUACAAAUGCACUAAGGAGGUUUUUUUUUAAAACACUAAACAAAAGAUUUUGCAAAGCAAGUCUGUGCAGUAUUCCCUUUUUUUCUUGUACCCUCAGUGUCUUUUUAUUAAAUAUAUAUAUAUAUAUUUUAUGCAUAUUAUAGCACGUUUUGUGUGAUGUCAAACGUUUUUCCCCUUCACCAAUUGUGUUAAAACCUUCACUAUAUAUUGUAAAGUCACUUUUUCUUAAUCAACUGCACAUACACAGUAGAGUUACGCUACCGUUCAAAGUUUGGGAUCUACUGCCACCAAAGCAGAUGUCUGAAUGCUCUUUAAUGCUUUGUAGAAAGUCAUCUUUAUAAAAAUAUGUGUUUUUGAAUGAAAGGUUUGUUUUGUACAUAGAGACAAAGAGACCUCUGAUCAAAAGUUGAACAAGAAUAGAAGAAAUCAGCAGUAUUUGGUCAUAGAAACUGGACGCUAAGCAUCAAAAUGUGUGCAGAUUUAAAUAGAAACAGGUUCCUGCUUUAGUCUAAAGGAUAAUAAUAAUAAAAGCUAACUGGAAACCUAUUGGGGGCAUUGCACGAAUAAUAGGUUGAAUUGUGAUUAUUCUUCUGGGGCCAAAACUAUUUAAAUUUUCUGUUUUAUCUCAUCAAUAUAACAGCUGAUUCCAAACUUUUGACAACAGCAGUGGAUGAUUUUAUGCACAUAUACUGUCUAUAUAUUGAGCCUGUUUUUUUCCCAUACAGGCAUUGUCUUCAUGUAAUUUUGCACCAGUUUGUUGUUGAGACUUCUAUUAACAAAGGGCAGCUCACUACACUGUUUUUGUCCAUAUGAGCAUAAAUCUGUACAUUUACAAUUAAAACGUUUUGAUGCCUUUUCGUAUGGUAA